AUGAGCCAAGAUACCGAUCCACAACCAACCCCUACCACUGCUACAGACGCCCCGAUCGUCUUACAGGUAGGGGAGCGCAGAUUCACCACGACCCUCUACACCCUCGAUGAGAGUACAUUCUUCCAAUCUCUCCUGCAAGGUCACUGGAAGAACGCACUUCCCGACGGAUCAUACUUCAUCGACGCCGAUCCGGAUUUGUUCGAGCACAUCCUUCGGUAUCUCCGUCGGGGCGUCUUCCCUCUUUUCUAUGAUAAACGGACCGGCCAUGACCUCGCGAUGUACCUUGCUAUCUUGGAAGAGGCAAGGUAUUUUGGGAUCGAUGUGCUACGGAAGUGGUUAGAGGAAGAAAUAUACUAUAAGGCCGUCACAAUCCGCUAUGACAUCUCCGAAAAGAACGUGGAUGUUUGUUACGCAGAGAUUGAGACAUCCGCGGCGGAUACUGAAUACAAUGUUUCAUUAACGACGAAUAAGGUUUAUAUCUGUCCUCGGGAAAUCCCAACUCACAUGGGAAAGUCGGACAGAUGUCGCAGAAAAUGCCGGAAUUUCAAGGGGGAAGGGCCAGUGGAGUAUGGUGAGGAACCGGCGCUGAGAGUAGUUCGCAUCAUGAAGCGGGUCAUGUUCGAUAUGGAUAAAUGUCGGAAGCCGGUUUUUCAAGAUCCAGGCGAUUCGGCGUCUGAAGGUUUCUGA